UUUGCUAGCUUACAAUGAUACGCUUGCCUGAUAUCGCCUUUAUUUUCAAAGUUUUUCUUGAAGCCAGAAUUUUUGGGAUAAACGGCAAAUCUUCGCAAUUCCUUAAUGUGAAAAGAUAUAUUGUUAGGAGACUUUGUGGUAUUCUCAAGCUACGAGCUACUCUUUCUUAAUAUAAUUACGUAAUAUGAAUUUUCAAUAGAUUAAUGAAUGAAAUAAUCGAUUUCGAUGAAUGACGAAGGGAAAGAAGGGUUCAGAUGCACAAACAGAGAGUAGAAAUUUUUUGGAGAGACAAAGGCGAGACAAAAUAUCGAAUCUAAUUAAUUGCUUUCGAGAAUUGAUACCGUCGCAGAAACUUCAGUCCCAGAAACCGCAAAUCCAUGAAGUGCUAGCGGCAGCCUUGGAGUUUCUGAAUGAGCUAAUUAUCAAAGUCAAGGAUUGUGAAAAACUACAUUCUAAAGCCAUCCAAAAUGUUGAGGUGUCUUAUUACAAGACUCAAAACCAACAGUUGCGUAGCUUGCUCCGACAUGCAGGUCUGUCCGACAUCCAGGAAUUUCAACUCAUUGCUGCUCUCUCUGAGCAAACAGCGAAGAACACAGAGAGUCAAGUUGCAAUUUCGCAAACUGAUGAUACCCCUGACAGUCAAGUUCAAAAAACAGCUGAUGAGGUAUUUAAAGGUGGUGAGCAACUUGUUGUAGAUCUAACAGUGGACCAAUCGGACGAAGCCGCUGUUAAAAAGGAUAACAAAGCGCGACCCGGUAAUGUUAUUAGUUUAUCAAAACUAAAUAAUGAAGCGACUUCCUCUCACAAUGAAGAAAACUGUAAAACCCAGGAUUGCGAUAGAGGUUGGAAACAGAGCGAAGUUGAAAGUUGUGAAGUGUUCAAUGUAUCAGAUGACAUCAAGCAAUUCAUUCGGCGAAAGAUGAUCGAAAUUGUUUACAAGAAUUCUAGCAAUGUUUUUGUCCAGCUUACCAAUGCUCUUGUUGAUUCAAGUACAUCGGAGAAAUCGGUCGCUAGAAAAGGACAUUUUAGUUCGCAGUCAUCGCAAACUCCUCUAGCUCUAGAUCUUUCUACGCUGAGUCAGAUUAAAAUAGGCGGAAAAACAGUUCGCCUAGUUCCAGUUAUAUCUUCAAGCUCCACCUUAGCUGGUCUUGAGAAAGAGGGAAAUAGAUCAAAAUCUACGGAAAAUACGCUGGCUAGCCGCACUGAUGGAGAAAGUGUACUUGAAAAAACAAAUAAAGCAACCCAGGCAGUUUCCAGUGAAGCAAGUGAUGAGAGUGUGCCAACGAGCGAACCGGUUUCUAUGAGCCUCGUUUCUAGUAACGACAAAGAACCCCUGAAAACGUCACGGAUUGAAAGUGGAAACGAGUUAUUAAAGGAUUUAGUUCCAAGUUUGUCUGAUCACCGAAAUGAAAGGCGCGUGCUGCCAUCGAUUUUCAGCUUGGCUCGCAUCGAAGAUGAUAACAAAAAAGUGCCGUCUAUUGAUGAAAUAGGCACCCAACUGCAAGCAGAUGCUAAUCUGGACCAGGCUAUUAGGUCAUCAACUUUAUUCGACAUCGAUAGCUUAAUAGCAAAUCACGAUGACUUCUCAAAUCCGUACCCCAUCAACUCGGCAACAUUUGAUUCGAGCAAUACUACUUUGAAUGAACAUCUAAUAAAUUCAGGUUGUCCUCAAGAAUUGAUGACUGCAAGUUCAUCAUCAAAUUUUUCUAUUCGAAAUUUGACAAGUGAAAUAUCGACGGAAAUAUCCAUGAAUCAACGAUAUCAAUCUACACAGAAUAAUUUCUCGACAAGAAAUGAUUUUGACGGUUCUGAUAGUUACAGGAUCAAAAAAAUCAAUUCAGCUGGAAAUGUUUCGGCCUCCAAGGCAAGUUCUCAUACAGUUGAAGCACUGAUAAUGCCAAGUGGGUCUUCUAUUCCAAAUCAUCCGAGGUCACAAAAUACUGGAACAUAUCUGGCACAAAAUCGAAAGGACGUACCUGAUUUGAACAGAAACUUGUCAAAUGCAAGAGGGAAGGAGCUACGGUGUCUCGAGGUGAAUCCGCCACAUGCUAGUGAGUUUUCGAAUGUGAAAAGAAAGAUCACUUUCGAAAAUGAGAAUCAUAAUAGUCUUGAUAGAACUAAGAGGACUUUACAGGAAAAUCACGAAAACAAUGAAAUCGGGAGUCAGAACUGGUUUAGUCCGAUCUCUAAGAAACAGAAAACAAGUUCUAAUAGAGCGAGCCAACCAGCAGGCGCUGCAGUUUCAGCAGACAAAAAUGAUUCGAGUUUUGCGUACCUUCCACCGCAAUAUCCAACUCAGCAAGCUUUCGUCACCCCCGCACCGUUGCCGUUCUGGGAAGAAAAUAUGGUUGUCAUGCCUCCUCAAGGUUAUGGCAAUUCUUUCGUAUCAACUGGCGGAUCAUUUGUCUACCCUGUCGUGACGCAGCCUUGCAGGGAAAGUAUAACGCAAUACCAGGGACCCUAUUACGUAAAUAGCUGCUAUGCUUAUGAUUCGAGUUCUGCCGAUUACUCUAGUACAGGAAUUUCGGACUACAGACCAAGUCAGGGUUUCGUGAUUCCACCGCCUGCAUUAGCAGCUCCUAGUUAUGUGAAUACUGCCAAUGAGUUAGCUGACCCUGGCAAGUACUUCUCAAACUUCUGCCAACCGAUUGCGCCAAGUUUUCAGUACAGUACAAAUUCAGGAAAUUUCCAACAGCAACCCCUGGAGCCAGAAGUUUUGUUGCAGCCUUUGACUCCAGCUGAGAAGACCAAUACAUUUCGACAGUCAAGUUCUUUUUCCGGGUUCAAAGAUGUCGAGUUUAUGGCUCGCAAUAGUUCGAAUAACAUAAGUUCGAAUUCUAACGUCGCGGCUUCAGGACCGGGAGGCAGUGUAACGUUUAACCCGUUUUUGGAAGGGAGCAAUGCCCAGACUUUUACAGUAGAAGCAAUGCAGCACCCUAGCUCGUUCCAGCAUUCAUUUCCAUAUCAGGUUCCUUCUGAGAAAUCAGAUAAUAGCAGUCGCAGAGAAGCGAAUGAAAAACAAACACGAAGUAAUUCAAAUCCAGCAGCUAUGCCAACUCAAAAGAGAAGUUAUCCAAGCUCUUCUAGAAUCGAAGGCAUGCAGCAACGAGUAACACAAGCUGGAAAUGAGCUAUCAACUAAUGCUCCGAGACAUCUCAUCAAGAACUUCGUCUACCAAACGUCUCAACAGAAAAACCAUCCACAAGAACCGAGAAUAGAAAUGAACAACAAAAACUGGAAUAAAAAAUCUUUAGAGAACCGCACAGAUCAAUCUGCUCGCGCAUCUACGAACGUGCAAAGUAGCUCUAAUAAUAGCCAAUUUAACUGGAGUUCUCCAAGCGUUGAGCCAUUCUCUGUCUCGUCGAGUAACUUUCUAUUUUCCAAUUCUGAAUUGCCCUUUUGAUAAUUGUAUCGAAAUCAUUGCUAAAAAUAAAUGUUUGAUAGUUAGAAUUUACAGAUGAUAAUUUAUAUUUUGUACAUCG